AUGUCCAACGAUCCUCAGUGGAAGAGUUUCCAGCCGCCAAUAAUGAACUCUGAUCCAGCUAUACUUGACUACAAGUCAAUGUCAAUACCGACUAAAAGUAUUGUCGGUGGUACCCAGUCGACCAACAGUCAUUAUCGCAAUGGGACGGGUUAUAGGGGUGAUGUUCAGGGAUAUAUGGGAUCACCACCGGACGGUGGUAAAAUAUCAUACACUGGAUAUGCACCAGCUACGUCACCACGAAAUGGCACUGCUAGAUUCCCCAAUCGCUCGUUAAAUAUGGAUAAUAACGCGCAAUAUACACAAGAACCAGUGACUAAUAAUUCUUCUUAUCAAGAUCAGUCUGUUAACCAAGGGCUACGGGAAGCGGGUAUCAUUGAAAAAUUAUUGCAUUCUUACGGAUUUAUCCAGUGCUGUGAGAGACAGGCGCGUUUGUUUUUCCACUUCAGCCAAUUCAGCGGUACCAUUGAGCACCUGAAAAUUGGUGACCCAGUUGAGUUUGAAAUGACAUAUGAUCGUAGAACUGGCAAACCAAUAGCGAGUAUUGUCAAUAAAAUAGCUCCUGAAGUUGUGCUGAGCGAGGAGAGAGUCACUGGUAACGUUACAACGGAAUUACCAGCGAGUGGUGAUUCUCAGGGUCGAAUUAGCUACGAGAAUCGUGGAGAAUGCUUCUUUCUCCCUUAUACCAAAGACGAUGUCGAGGGAAAUGUCACUUUACGCGCUGGUGACAAAGUGUCAUUUCAGAUUGCAACUAAUCAACGUGGAAACUUGGGUGCUUGUCACGUGCGACUGGAGAAUCCAGCCCAUCCAGUUCGUUACCGUGGUGUCGUAUGCUCCAUGAAGGAGAGUUUUGGAUUUAUCGAGCGUGCUGAUGUGGUUAAAGAGAUAUUUUUUCACUUCAGCGAGGCUAAAACAGUUAAAGAGGAGUUAAAAUUGGGGGAUGACGUCGAAUUUAUCAUUCAAACACGUAACGGAAAAGAAGUUGCGUGUAAUAUAACAAAAUUACCACCAGGUUCGAUAGUAUUCGAGGAAGUUAAUCAUGAAAUAAUGAAGGGGCAAGUACUGAAGUCACUGGAGAGGGGCAAUGCUGCACGUCAUCAGAACGAUCCACUGCCCGGUCGUAUACGUUAUCGAGCACCAGAUUAUUCUGAGGUGGAAGUGCCAUUUGGGGAUAAGGACCAGAAGGGAGAUUUUACACUCAAGCACGGCGAUUGGGUACAAUUUUUAAUAGCCACUGAUACGAGAGAUCAAUUGAAAAGGGCCACCGAGAUAUCGCUGCUACCUGAGUCAUUCGCUGUCUCCGGUGAGAGACGCGAGCAGGGUGUUAUUGCAUCGUUGAAGGAUGGAUUUGGAUUCAUUCGCUGCGUCGACCGAGACACCAGAUUGUUCUUCCACUUUAAUGAAGUGCUUGACAUUGAUCGCGAAAUAAGUGUUGGGGAUGAGGUGGAGUUUACCGUCAUUCAAGCCGGCCUCUGUCAGGAUCCACCGACUUUCUUUGGAAACAUGCGGCACAGUGCUAUCAGGCUCAAACACCUGCCUGCCGGAACUGUUCAGUUUGAAACUGUUACUGAGAGCGAUGUACGUGGAAAUGUUAUUCAGGAUGUCAAUGGACUGGAGCCGGGGUUAAUUGGGUACACGGGUAAAGAUGGGGCUCAAAAAAGUAUUAUUUUCUUUGCCAAGGAUUGCGAUCCUAAGAGUAUUCCUAAAUUGAAUGAGAAGGUUAAAUUCGGCAUCUGCCAGGUAAAGAGAAAUAAGGAAUUAGUAGCAGUGGAUAUAUCAUUGGUAAAUCCACCACUUGAAAAAACGCAGAAUGGAAGUGACAAACCGGUUGGCCAAAUUUGUCAAGGUUUUAUUGCAGCUCUCAAGGAUGGUUUUGGAUUCAUCGAGACUGUUAAUCAUGAAAAAGAAAUAUUUUUUCACUUUAGCACUUUUGAUGGUGAUGCAAGCAACUUAGAGCUUGGAUCUGAAAUUGAAUGUACAGUGAACACAGGAACUGUUCGUGGUACAGGUGGAUGUAUAGCAGCUGAAUCAGUGCGUGUCGUUGCACGUGGUACAAUACCACGUGCUACUGUUGUCAGUGAAGUGCUCGACGGUGUUGUCACGAGACCUUUGCGCAGUGCCAAUCCCGAACAGCAGGAGUACGCUGGUUUAAUAAAAUUGUCUUCAACUGAUGAUGAUAAAACACCAGAAUAUGAAUUUGGAAUAAUGGGACUGAUAAAUAAACGUGAAUUACUGCAGAUCAAUGAUCCUGUGCAGUUUCAAAUUGAUUCUGAGGGGCAUGCUUGUAAUAUCGUUGCCGUUAGAAAGAAGAGAAUAGCAACUGUUGACGCUGUUAAGGCAGCAUUUGGAUUUCUAGCUUAUGAAGUUGACGAGGGAAAAAAACUUUUCUUUCAUAUGACUGAAGUUAAGGAUAAUGCAACUCUCCAGCCCGGUGAUCAAGUGGAAUUCGUACUCGUUACUAAUCAGAGGAAUGGAAAAUCAUCGGCUUGCAAUGUUACACGACUGAGUGGAGAAUCUGUACAACAACGACCUGAACGCCUGAUAAGCCGACUCCGUACGGUCUCAUUGGAAGACGCGGGCCCAAAAUUAACAGUAAUCAGACAGCCCAAAGGACCGGAUGGCACACGUGGCUUUACUCAAGAACGUUCACAGCGUGUUGCCGGAUGUCUUGAAGAGUAGAAGAGACAAGACUCAGCAUCAAUGGUAGACGUGCAUAAAAAAUUAAUCCCAUCCAUCAUUGAAGUAAUUAUGAUUUUUUAGUCGAUGCUGGUUGAUGCCGCGAUUAAAAUUGCACGGCAUUAAUAGCAACAAAACCACACGUUAAAUAAAAUUGCCAAAUCGAGACUUAUUCUUUGAAAAGUGACUAAUACAAAUAAUCACACGGCAAGAGGAGCCUUUGAGAGAAAACAAAGUAAUGGCGAAUUUGGGUAUAAAUAUUUGUAUCAUGAAAACAACGAGCCAUAAUUUAAUAAAUCCGCGAAGACGGCACACAUUUACAUCAUGAUGAAAAAUAAUACGUAAUUUAUUUAGAACGAGGGUUACUUCAGGCGUCUCAUUUUAUUGAUUAUCGUCGCCUUCCAUCGAACUUUCUUUUCUCAUUAAUUAAUGGUAUAAUUAUUAUCGAUUGAUUAACAUGUAUCCAUCCAUUUAUUUCUCUUUCUUUCGUUAAUUUCAUAAUGGUAUUUUUUAUUAGCGGGGAAAAAAAUUAUGUAAAUUAAGUUAAUUUAAAAAUGAAAAUGAAAAAUGACAAAAAACAGAGCAGACAAUGUGUAAGAAACAAAUAAUGAACAAAACCCCACUGGAAAGAAAUUCAACAUUGCCUGAUUGAAAAUUGGAACUGUAUUGAUUUUCAAUGGUUACGAGAAAAUAUUUACAUGAAAGAUAGACCAUUACUGUUAUCCGAGCAAAUGGGAGUGAAUGUGAGAACGAGUGUGUGUGUGAAUGAAAAGAAUAAAUUGAGAAAACGAAUUAUAAGAGAAGUAAAAACAAAAAUAUUCCCGUAAAUUUUCAGCGCAACACCGGGGAGUGAUGAACAAAUGUAAACAAUACGUAUCACAAAUAAAAUUCAAACUCAAUGCGUGUACCGUACCGCAUUGCAUGUUUAUGGAUAAAAAAAAAUUCAAAAAUAUAAAAAGAAAGGAAAAUGAUCGAAUUGAAACAAUUUUUUUGAAAAUCAUGAAAAAUAAAUGCAAAAAAAACUGGCCACCAGUUUGUUCUAGAUAAUAUAUUAUAUAUGAAUAUAUAAAUACGUUGUUAAGUUCCUCAUUCAGUCACGUGUUUGAGAAAACACGAUGAAUCAAAUUAGUAUAAUGAAUUCAAGUUGAAAAACAGAGGAAAAUAUUGAAGUGCGCAAAAAGGGUGGGGGACGAGUGAUGCUCGAGAAAGGUACAGUGAGAUAAAGGUGGUGAAAAUUUUCUGAUGCGUUUGUCGUUCACGUUUUUUGUAAGGGAAAAUCAUGAAAACAAUAAUGAAACCACGGAGGUAAGAAUGGCAUUAAUUGUAAUAGUGUGAUAAGCGAAGACAUGAUUACACUAUUAAUUGGAGCGUUCACGGAUACCAAGUGUGCUUUCAUCGGAACCCAUUCGAUGAAACCAUAACGAGGAGGGAAACCAAAAGAUGAAAAAAAAAAACAAAACACUGUAAAACUAUUGAUGAAUAAACCUUGCAAACAAUAACAAAA